UUGCUGUGGUAUCACAGGUGGUUGCUCCACUAGUCCACUACCACCUUAAAUUUCCUGUUACCUUAACUUCACUUCUACCUUAAAUCCACUACCACCUUAAGUCUCCUGCUACCAUAAAAGAAGAAUAAUAUAAAACGAAGAGCAAAAUAUUUACAUGUUGCUUUGCAGCCCUGAUACUGGUUCAAUAGGUCACGCCGCGGUGAGUCAGUGUGUUUAGUAAUGCGAGUGUUGCAGUGUGUAGGGAUAUUUAUUACAGUGCUGGUAUGUUAAGCACUGUUGUUUUGCACCGUCUUGCGAAUUAGAGUCGCAGUGGUUUUUCAGGCUGCGUGUCGCGGCACGGCGGACGGACUUCCUCGAUGCCGUCAGUCUCCGGCGAGCGUUCGAACAGGAAGUAAACACUGGAGACUCAGGAAUCUCCUGCACAGCUGCAGUGUUUCCAGCGCUUUCUGUUUACUUUGAAGGGAAACGCUGAGGCAGGUCCUCUCUGUGUGAUCACCCCCCCCCCUUCAGCUCUCAGGGGCUCUGCGGGAGGAGCCGCAGCGACCAACGGCUCCCGGCAGUAAAAUGACACCGCGCUCCUCCAUUCUUUCCAGUGAAAUGUGCGCAGAGGGACGGCGCGAGGCUGGAAGGGCUCUGAAAGCUCCGAUCGCAGCCGGACGAGGGAGGAGAAAAGCCGCAGAGGCGCUCUGAGCCUGUUUUACUGGAAGUGCCAGAACAUAUCGAGUCCAGUUCCUGCCAGCCUCAGUCUGCCAACCCCAUCAGCAGCACACUCUGCGCCAUCAGCAAUGCCAACAGGGUCCGAGCCAGCGGCCCGCCCCGACCCCCGCUCCGUUAUCGCCCGCCACAUCUCCGCCAGCUCUCGCGCACGCGGCUGCUGAAGCGUGGGCGCCGGUCCGCCGUCCUGCCCGCAGUCCUGGGAACUCAAGUGCAGCUUACGUCGUCCAGCGAGCCAGGAAAGCUAACCGAGCAGCCUGUCCUACACUGCACCAAAGCCCCCCACUCAGGCAUGGCUCCCAUUCGGGACUCGGUCAGCCACUCCCCUAACCAAACAGGUUUGGAUCACGCUGGUCUGGACCCUCAGUAUGAGAAUUCGCCCUGGAGCUCUGGCUCACCGUGCAGCGACUCAAACAGUAACUGGGGCAAAGUCAUUGUAGACGGCUGUGAUAAGGGACCCUGGCCCUCCAUCAGCGGCAGCGACCCGGAGUUAGCCUCAGAAUGUAUGGACGCUGACUCGGCCUCCAGCUCUGGGUCUGAGAAAAACCUCAGUAUGAUGGCGUCUGGGAUUGCUGGCGGUGACAGCAAUGGCAAUAGGCAAGGUUCUCAUUUUAUGGUUGCAAACGGCAGCAAUAACGUGGCUAACGGGAGCGUUAAGGGGCCGUGGGGCGUAUCCAACGGCUCAAUGCUAAGCACAUGUCAAGGCUCUGGGGAGAGCCCCAGCGGCAAGCUGGCGGAAGGUAGUCACGGAAAGAUGAAUGCAUGGGGUACCCAAGGUCCCUCAACCAAUGGAGGUAUAAAUCCAAGCACUUUGAACCCAAAUGCCAACCAUGGUGCCUGGCCCGUUCUGCAGAACACAGGGCCCAGCCCCCACGGGCCUGUGGGCAACGGGAAUGGGGGCACGAACACUCAACGAAGCACCAUAGGUCAGAACCCCAGUAUGCAGAGUAUUAGCUCUAAGAUGUCCUGGGGAAGCCUGCAGGAAAGCGUUGUGGAAUCCGAAGUCAAUGGUACAAACAAGGUUCUAAGUGGGCAGCCUCAAAACCUUAACACUGAAUUUAAUGGACCAAAUAACACUACUAACACGAUGACCUCUAGUUUACCAAACUCUACAGGUUCAGUGCAGAUGAAUGAACAGCCCCCAGGGCACCGAGCCUGGCCUGUGAGCACAGGGGGCUCCCCUCAGCUCCAAACUUCUCCAGUCUCUAAUGGCACUUCCAUUUCUCAGCAUGGCAAUGGCGAGGGAAUGAACAGCAGCAGCGGGUCUUAUGGUACAGCGUGGGGCGCUACCCCCGGCACUAAUUACUCUGGAGACAAAUGUCCUGUCCCUAAAGGCCAAGCUGUGGGCGACACUGUGAACGCAACUCUAAUGCAGUCCGGAGCCAAUGGCUCCUCUGUGAGCGCUACUUCUUCUUCUUCUUCUACUUCUUCUUCUUUCAAGAAUAAUAAUAACGGGAUGGGCGGCCGCGGAGGUGGCUGGGACUCGGGGUCCGCUUCCUCUCAGAGCAUGACUUGGGGAGCAGGGAACAGCUUGGGUCCGGCAGUGGCCCCCAGGCCCUGGGGUAGUGCCUCCUCGUCCUCUUCAUCCUCCUCAUCCUCUUCGAACACUGGCACUAAGGUCUCGAACGGGGAAUGGAACGCAUUGCCCAGCAACAAUCAGCAUUCCAAUGAUGGCACGAAUGGGAGCAGGAAGGGAACAAACGGAUGGAAGUCCUUGGAGGAUGACGCUCUCGGCUUGGGGAGCGCUGGCCAGUCAUCCCAAGGCAGCACAUGGAACAAAUCUACAGGCAGCGAAGGAAGUGGGGAAAGCUCGGCAGGUCGUAGCGAGAGAGAUGGGCAGCGAAGUGCCAACCGCAAGAGGGGCAGCCAGCAGAAUAUGAUACAAGCGGCUCUCUCCAGAGCCGACAUGGACCCGAGGGUGCUGUCCAACACAGGAUGGGGCCAGACCCCAGUCCGCCAGAACACUGCCUGGGACGUCUCCAGCUCCGACAAGAAGACCGGAAGUGGGUCGCAGGGCUGGGGUAACCCUCCUACCCAGCCGUCAAACUCAGGUGGUUGGGGGGAUGGACCUAGCACUAACAGUAGCAACUCUGGCUGGGGCGAGCAGAAGCCAACCUCGGGAUGGGGAGAAAGCAGCAAAACCCCAGCCGGCCAGAACGGCUGGGAGGAUUCUUCCGUCGGAAUGAGCAAGAGCAACUCCUCUUGGGGAAACAGCAAGGAUGACAAGUCCUCUUCCUGGAAUAAUGGACCGAAGGCAAAGCAGGGAUGGGGUGGUUCCUCUUCUGGAGAGGGCUGGGGCGGAGAAAGCUCAAGAGGAAACCACUGGGGAGAACCUCAGAAAGCCAGCUCAGGAGGUUGGGACAGCGACAGUGACCGUUCCGGUUCAGGCUGGAGUGAUACAGGCCGCUGCAACCCAAGCAACACCUGGGGAGGCAGUGGAGGAGCCAGUACCCCUGAUCAAGGAGGCCCCACCGGUGGAUGGGGAGAUCCUGUGAAGACCAAUAAUCAGAACCAAGGCUGGGGUGAGCCGAUCAAACCGAGCCACUCUAACCCAGCCUGGGGUGACUCCGCAAAGCCCAACAACACUUCGGAGUGGGGCAAGUCCCAGGAUACUAGCGUGGGAACCUUUAGGGCAGGGAACGCUUCUCAAACCGGAUCCCAGAACAAGCCUUCGGGUUGGCUAGGAGGUCCGAUGCCAGCUGCUCCGAAAGAAGAAGAACCUACCGGUUGGGAAGAGCCGUCGCCCGAGUCUAUCCGGCGCAGGAUGGAGAUCGACGAUGGGACUUCUGCAUGGGGAGACCCCAGCAAAUACAAGUAUAGCAACGUGAACAUGUGGAACAAGAAUAGCUCGGCAGAGCAGGAUGGAAUGGCUGGGUCUCAGCAGCAACCUCCCCCACCAGCCCCGAGCUCCAUGGGGCAGAAGGAGAAAAGCAGCGGCUCAGGGUGGGGAGAGCCAUAUGGUGGGCCGCAGAAGAUGGAGUCCUCGACGUGGGGCGAGCCCGCCGGCCCACCUGUCACUGUGGACAAUGGCACGGCUGCCUGGGGGAAACCCAUGGAGACGGGCUCCAGCUGGGAGGAUUCGGGCAGGGAGAGCGGCGGAGGCAGCGGCUGGGGCGGGGCGACCAUGGCUCCGCCCACGCAGCACAAACCCGGACCCAAACCUAUGCAAGACAGCUGGGGUGGAGAGGAGAUGUCGAUGGCUGGAGCGUCCUCCUGGGGGGAGGAGGAGGAGGAGGUGGAGAUCGGCAUGUGGAACAACAACACGUCACAGGAAAUGAACCAGACUGGAAACUGGUCCUACAUGAAGAAGAUGCCUCCUAAGAUGAAUAAAGGACCCAGUAAGCCAGACGAUCCGUGGAUGAACCAGUUUGUGAAGCAGUUCAACAGCAUGAAUUUUCCUAGGGACUCUGAAGAUUCCAUGAAGAGCAAUAAGAUGGACAUGCCUGGAGGAAUGAUGCCGGAUAAGCGCAUGGAUGUUGACAAACACGUCCUUAACGUGGGAGAUUAUGGAAAAGGCUCAGCUUCACGCCAUCAGAUCCAUAAAGACUCGUCCAUGGACCGCAGUCCCUACAUGGAGAAGAAUAUGAACAUGUACGGUGGUGGUAACGCAGCAGCACAGGGCCGGAACCCCCAGCAGCCUCCAGCACAACCUCUGAGCUCGGCUCAGCCCAAUCUCCGAAACCAAGUGCCUCCUCCACUGCUCCCCUCUCAGGUUCCACCAUCCCUGUUGAAGUAUUCUCCCAGUAACGGUGGUCUGAACCCCCUGUUCGGACCCCAGCAGGUGGCCAUGCUCAAUCAGCUUUCCCAGCUCAACCAGCUCUCGCAGCUCUCUCAGCUUAAUCAGCUACAGCGCCUUCUCAUUCAGCAGAAAGCUCAGAAUCAGAGAGUGAUGCCUGGAAACGGACGCCAGGUCCAGGAGCAGCAGACUCGUGGCCUGGGCCCCUCCCCAAUGAUCCAGCCUCCUCGCCAUCUGGACCCCUCCCUGCUGAAGCAGCAGACCUCCCCCCAGCCCCCCACUCUUCACCAGCCUGGCCUCAAGUCCUACAUGGACACCUUCAUGCCCCCCAGCACCUCCGACCUGCAGAAAGAACAAAACGCCCUCAGCUCCUUCUCAAACUUCCCUUUAGGCUUGAACUCAAACUUGAAUGUAAACAACCUCGAUAUCGGUAGUGUUGGAUUUAAAGAGCCGCAGUCCCGUCUGAAGAAGUGGACUGCCAUGGAUAUUUCCGUUAACUCGCCACUCGAUCAAAACCCCAGCAAACCUGGUGCUAUGUCCUCUGCUCUGAGGCUCGAAGACUCCCCCUUUGGUCCAUAUGACUUUAUGAACGCCAGCAGCUCCCCCAUCAGCCCGCCCGGAUCGGUGGGGGACGGCUGGCCCAACCGUGCCAAAUCACCUCAUGGAUCCACCAACGUCAACUGGCCACCAGAGUUCCGUCCUGGUGAGCCGUGGAAAGGUUAUCCAAACAUCGACCCUGAAACGGACCCAUUCGUCACUCCUGGCAGUGUGAUUAAUAAUCUCUCCAUCAAUACAGUCCGGGAUGUUGAUCACCUCAGGGACAGGAACAAUGGGCCAUCCUCAUCACUGAACACCACGCUGCCUUCAAAUAGUGCCUGGACAUCCAUUCGUGCCUCCAACCACAGUAGUUCCCUCAGCAGUACAGCACAAAGCACUUCAGCCAGAAACAGUGACUCCAAAUGGUCUCCUGGUUCCGUCACCAACACCUCUUUAGCUCACGAGCUGUGGAAGGUUCCCCUCCCGUCGAAAGGCGUGUCCGCUCCGUCCCGCCCCCCACCCGGCCUAUCGGGGCAGAAACAGCCCUCCUCCUGGGACAGCGGCUCUCUGAGACUGGCCGGCUGGGGCAGCUCCGAAUCCAGAUACACCCCGGGCUCCAGCUGGGGUGACAGCAGCUCAGGGAGAACCAACUGGCUCGUUCUCAAAAAUCUCACGCCUCAGAUCGAUGGCUCCACCCUGCGAACUCUGUGCAUGCAGCACGGUCCACUGAUAACAUUCCACCUCAACCUGCCCCACGGAAACGCCGUCGUCUGCUACAGCUCCAAGGAGGAGGCGGCCAAGGCCCAGAAGUCACUGCACAUGUGUGUUUUAGGGAACACUACUAUUCUCGCUGAUUUUGCUAGUGAAGAGGAAAUCAACCGUUUCUUUGCACAAGGUCAGUCCCUGACCGCCUCGCCGAGCUGGCAGACGCUGGCCUCUUCUCAGAACCGGAUCGGAUCCAUGGAGGGUUCGCACGCCUUCCCCAACCGCACUGAUCCAAACCACUGGAACGGGGGGGACCUGCACGGCUCCUCGCUCUGGGGGGGUCCCAGCUACUCCAGCAGCCUGUGGGGCAGCCCCAGCGGCGGAGAGGGGGGCCGCAUCGGCAGCCCUGGGCCCAUCGGCUCCUUCCUCCCCGUCGAUCACCUCGCGGGCAGCGGCGGAGACUCCAUGUAGUUCAUUUACUCACAUACCUUCAGACUAAAAACACGAAAAAAACACAAAAAAAGGAAAAAAAAUAGAAAUAAACCUGUGACCUCAGCGUGGAUAGUUAAUCAUAAUCAUAUGACUAUAUAUAUUAUAUAAAAAAACAAAAUCUAAUGGCACUAGUUGGACUUUUCACUUAUUAAA